AUGCUCACGAGCCGUCGAAAAGAAUCGCAUGCCCAAUUGAUCCAUCGAAUCAACGAACGUGCUGCAUACUACUAUAAUGCCAGACCACACCCAUCCGAGAUUCUCGCGGCAGACGCGGAUCUCAAGCGUGGAAUUGACGAAGAUUGGAAAGCUAGUGUACAACGAUAUCCAGAAGUCCUAGAAUACUUUUACGGCCUGGUUGACCUCAAUCUACCAAGUGACGACGACCCAGGAGUCAGAGAUCCCCCAUUGAGCGCGCUGGGUGGAGGGGCUAGUGGAAGAGAGAGGAAGGUCAGAGUACGGGAACCACCUGUAUCACAUCGCAGAGAACGGACACCACGGCGAAGGAGUUCAGAACGGAAACGAGAAAAAGAUAGAAGAGACAGAGACAGACCAGUUGUUCCCCCGCCUCCACCGAUUCGGGUUCCAAGUCGAGGAGCGGGAUAUUCUGGAGGGGGAUACUCCUACGGACCAAUUUACUGA